AUGUCGUCGGAGAACAAAUAUAAAUAUCGAAUAGAGAUUCAACAAAUGAUGUUUGUUUCAGGAGAAUCUAAUGAUCCACCAGUUGAGACAACAUCAUUAAUUGAAGAUAUUGUUCGAGGACAAGUUAUUGAAAUUUUAACACAAUCAACAAGAACAGCAAAUUCAAGAGGUAGUAGAAGUAUUACACCAGAAGAUGUUAUAUUUUUAAUUCGUCAUGAUAAAGCAAAAGUUAAUCGAUUACGUACUUAUUUAUCAUGGAAAGAUGUUCGAAAAAAUGCUAAAGAUCAAGAAGGUGGAGGUACUGAAUCAUUAAUUGAAAAUGAUGCUGCUACUGGUGGAGCAGCUGGUGGGAAUAAUCCUAAUCAAGGUAAUCCAAAUCAAGCUAAUGAUUCAUCAAAAAUGUUAUCAAGAUAUAAAAAAUCAAAAAUAAGAUUACCAUGGGAAUUACAAUUUAUGUUUACUGAACAACAUUUAGAAACUCAAGAUGAAAAUGAAACUAUUGAUGACGAAGAAAAAGCCGCAAGUAUUCAACGAUUAAAAAAAUUAAAAAUGGCUGAUGAUAGAACUAAAAAUAUGACUAGAGAAGAAUAUGUUCAUUGGAGUGAAUGUAGACAAGCUAGUUUUACAUUUAGAAAAGCAAAAAGAUUUAGAGAAUGGGCUCAAAUGACUCAAUUAUGUGAUACAAGACCAAAUGAUGAUGUAAUUGAUAUUUUAGGAUUUUUAACUUUUGAAAUUGUAUGUUCGUUAACUGAAGAAGCCAUGAAUAUUAAAAAUUCAGAAGAUAAAUUACAUCAAAUUCAAAAAGAGAAACAAAAUUUAGAUAAUAAUAAUAAAGAAAAACCUAAAAAAAGAAAAUAUUUAUUUGAUAAACCUGAUGAAUUGGCUAGUCCAAUUAUGCCUCAUCAUAUUGAAGAAGCAUGGAGAAGAUUACAAGCUACUGAUUUUAAACAUAAAGCGGCUCGAUCGUUUGGUGGAGGUAUGAUUAAAACAAGAACAAAAUUGAUUUAA